AUGAAUUCUAAGCAAUCUCCUCUCAUAGAGGCUGUGUUUCACCACCUAGUCCUUCCCCCGAAACUUCCACGCAAAUUUGACGGCGAUAAGGCCGCCAUUGCUCAGAAUCUCGGCAAGAGAUUACACGAGGCCCUGGCCACCUUGCGACCUGCGGGACCGUCGGUUUCGGGGGCGUUGGACGUGUCUUUGCAAGCUACCAAGGACGUGAACCGGGGCUUUUUGGCUGGCGAUGACCUGCGGCACGCAUUGAGAGGCGUCGUUGAGCCAGUGUCCCCAAUUUGGCUUGCUCUCCAUGUUGCGCAACAGAACGCUGCGCUUUUGAUUCACGUUGAUGCUACUCACGAAAACGUCAUUUUCGAGUCUUUCCAGGUUUCUGCUCCUGUGCGAGAUGUUCUCAACGCAAACCAUGCCCUCACCUGCGACUUUCCCGAUCGGGCUGUAGCAGUACCGAUUCACAUCUUCAAAGAUGAGUCGUUUCAAGAAAACCUGACCGAGUUUCUCGAGCAAUCAAGUACCGAGGCUUUUGAUCAAUUUGCUGCACGAGCAUCCAAGGGGGGCGAGUCGAUUAUCGAAACUCGAGAUUGUCCGAGCCCUGCCCUUGUCAACGACAUGCUCAUGUCGCUGUUGGAGGGCCUGGGGAAGCCCACAACCGUCCGCCAGAUUCGCAAAAGAAUUCGUGACGAUGUUGUGCUGGAUUCAUCAGAGGUGCCUUGGAGACGUUCUCCAUACUGGCUAGUCCUUCGCGUGGCAGUUGGUCGACAACUCUCCAACCUGUAUCAGGACGAGGGAUCUGGCCGGGCGUGGUACAAAUUUCUCAUCUGUGUUGUCUUGGCCAAUCUCCUCAGAGACUGUGUCGACAGUCUGCACCCCGAGAUGACACUGAUGCUCCAAGCAAAGCUAUGCCGUCGACUUGCCAAGCUCGAGUCUGAGCAGAAGGCCGCAUCGGGUCCUCUACGCAUCGUGUACGACAAUCUGUUCUCAGCGACAGAAAGCUUUUUUGAUUUCAUCGUUGGGGCUGUGAAGCGGGAAGUUGGCACCAGGUGGGAGAUGCACAAGGCUGACAUUGUUCGCCGCAUUCCUCGCCUUCCAACAAGAAUUGCAACAACCGACGACAUUACUCUCAAAUUACCCAACAGCUUAAAAUUUCUACGCGAUCUUCGCUAUGGGGAUAGGGCUGCUGAUUUCAUCCGUGGAGCGCGACGCGAUGCUCCAUCUCUAAAAGAAGGCACAGUCUCGCAAGUCAACCGACUAACAGCUCGCUACACGGGACUUAUCGAGCACGAGGCCACUACCAAAUUACCAUCUUCAGAAGAUCCAGAGCAGAUGUGCAUCGAGUCGUCGACGGCCAUCAUCCAAUUUCUCAAGAAGGCUGGGACCGCGUACAGAGACAACCCUCUCUUGAUGAGCCGCUACCUCCUGAGACUGUUUGAACUUUGGGUGGACAUGGACCGAGCAGCCACAACCGCAUGCCCCCUUCUCAAGCAGUAUCACCCAAUCUUUGUCCCUCAGGCAUUGGACGUCCUUUGCCUAUUGACCAUGGAAGAAAUGGAACGGCUUGCCCGUGACGAAAACAUCUUCAGCAACCCAAGACGCAAGACGGCAUUUCCACUACAGUUUGCUACCUCGACUAGUACUGGGAAACUAAUGUUGGACCUGGCUGAUGAGAUCGACAAAAAGUCAGAAAAGUCUAGGGCACUCAAGGAAGCACGGUUGACAACCCAGCUCGAGCUGUACCACAGACUCAUCCAAGAGACCGAGGGUUUGUCAUGCUAUUGCCAGCGACGACCCGAUGGGACAAAGGACACGAGCGAUUGCCAAAAAUGCAAGAAAAAGCAAAAGCGGAAAAACAUCAAGAUCGCCAUCCACGAGGAUUUCCUCCCAGAGGACCGCGCCCAUAGAGCCGCCAUUGCGUUUGAGUUUCUCAUCCCCAAACACCUCGCGGCUUAUCGACAAGCGACAUGGAAUUUGUGUUUGCUGGGGAGUCCACCUAGACCUAACCGCAGUUCAAAUCCUUCUCCUCAGCUCUUCCUCAACCAGGUCGACUCGCUGAAAGACUAUUUACCUAGGCGCCGUGCUGGCAUGGGCACCAUCACAUUGGCGUCGCGGAAAAAACUAUUCACCCAGACACAUUACCGCAAAAUGAGGAUGCCAAAGACGCCGCGUGAGGUGAUGCGGCCAUUCGGAGCAGAGUUUUCCUACUAUGACACCAACCUCUGGGCGGAAGACCUCCCUAAAACUCCUUGGUUUCAGCACCUUCUUGGCCCCUGGCUCCCAGGGGGUAUUCCUGAUCCAUGCGAGGAUUUUGAUCAGUCUGAAGAGACAUUGUAUCAUCCAACAUCGUACGAGAUCGUCGCCAACGAGCUCAACUGCCCCCCAGAUAUGUCCACGCAUGAGUUUUCUGCUUAUCAACGGGUUGUUUCUGGACGAGGUCGACGAUGGCUAACCAUGCUCACCGAGUUGUCAUCUACCAACAUCAACUUCAGCACCGAGGCUUCAACGACCAUCUUCACACGCCUCGCCCUUCAAGCUGGUCCUUCCGUCCUGGAGCAUGGAGUCUUACGGGAGGCACACGUCGUCUUUGGUGAUCAGCCCUUCUGCGAGACACUACAUGACCGACUUUCCUGCUGGUUGACGUCUCUGGAAUCUACGUGCCGGGAAGUCCACUGCAUGAGCACGAUUUCCACACUCAGUUUGCGGCUCUACCAUCUAUGCCCCCAAGGUUUCAAGGGGAAAGCACAUGAGCUGCUGGUGAGAAUUCGACACAUCACCUCCAACUGGAUCGUGCAGCUGCGCAACGAAGUCCGGGCAACUCCGGAGGGAGAAACCGCCCGUAAAGCUUCAGACUACGCGUUUCGAGCUGCCUUGCUCUGCCGUCAGACAUUUUCGAUUCACGCUGAUGACGCUCAAGAUCAACCUGCCAUUCUCACCAACGACGACAUGACGUGCUUUUUUCGGGCAUCUAUCGCUCUUCAAGAGCACCUCUUGGUCAGCGUGGAUGAUCUUAGCCUUGCUCUGAAGAGUCUUCUCAUCCUGGAUCUAUCCAACUGCUAUCACAUGCGAUUCAUGGUCAGGGACUGGAUCGAGAAGAAUCCUCGUUGCUUAGAAGACGCCAUCAAUGAAACAUGGAGUGAUGCUGGGGGUCUCGGAAGAAGAAGGUACUCUGGUUGGACAUUCCUCGAAGGAUACCACGCUUGGUGGGCUACGGCGCGAGUUGCGGGGACCAAUUUGACAGGCUCCCAGGAGAACCAGGUGGUGCACUACCAUCUGGUGCAAGGUCACCUCACUGUGGAUGGAAUGCCACUGGGUCGGCUUCCUCUCGAGAUGAGAGAAGAUCCAGCCAUUAGGGAACUCUUUGGCGGGCAGCACUUGCUGACGCGUCCGUCCAGCAUCCUGGAGCAUCAGCUGGUCAAUCAAGUCGAGGGGCACCAGAUUCACUUUGGCUCUCGGAAAGGAAAAGUCAUCAUUCAGGCCGUCUUUGGGGGAGCUUUGCUGGAACAUGUUCCACGGAGUCUAUUCAAGGGCGAAACGGGCUACGAUCUUCCCUCGCCACUUGUAGACGACUGUGUCCAUUGGCUCAACUUGGAGACUGGACAACUGGAGAUGCGACGUAAACCACGGAUAUGGGCCCCAAGGCUAUCCAACUGGGUCUUUGAUAUUCGCUCGCGCUAUGCUUCCAGGAAUUACGGUCGUCGGAAUAGAAAUGGUCCACCGAGCCUAGGCACCUAUCUGGUUGACCCUCGAUCAGCGAUUGCACAAAAGAUCUACCGCAUCUUCCAAGGCUUUGAAGAUGCCGACAAGUUGACUAUAUACCAGCCGCGCGGUUCCGGAUCUUUGUCAGUUGAAAUGAAGCGUCUAGAAAUUCGCUUCUUCGUCAACGCCAAAGGCCUACUUCAAUGCCCACAGCUCAGCGCAGAGGUUGAUCCUCGACAAGAUGUGGGCGCUCUGUACGGGCUGUGCAGCCACAUUCUACUGCGCGGUGUUGCAAAUCCUGACAACAAGAGCGUCAUCGUCCCCAUCGGCAGCAUGCGAUGGCAGCGAAGUGGGAUACAUGUGGCUGUCACUCUUCAAAAUACUGGCAUGUACGCCAAGUUCACUGUCAACCAGCUGCUAGGCCGACUUGACUGCCCACCAGAGCCACUGCUCCUGUACCUGAAAGCAGCCCUGCACGCUCUAACUUCGUUUCCCCUGCCCGAUAAACUCACUGGCCGCACUGGGACCGAAGAGGCACGUCACUGUCUUCUCGCGACUAGCAGCCAGCCGUGGACUCCUUUGCAGGGCUUCUCUCGACCACUCUUGGCAGCCAUCAGGUCUCUCUCUCCAAAAAGGUCGCUUUACCCACCCGGUCUCGACAUCUACCAGAAAGUCAAAUGGGAUGAUCACCUCACCAUGACAAUUCAACACGAAGGCCUAGCUCCCCUCGUCGAUAGCAUCGUUAUGCGAUCAGAGGAGCUCGAGACGUUUGAUCAGACAGCCAAGAUGAGGGAUGAGUUUAAGCUCAAGUGGGACGAUGAUUCCAUCGAAAGCUUACGUCUUCGAGGCCGCAUUCGGAGACAGGUCUAUGAGCGUGUCUGUUUUCCUGGCGACUCAGCGGUCCUUCACGCAGGUGCAAAGGCUUUCCCCUACUCUUCUGCCCAGCAUCCAGCUUCCAAGCAGAGUUGUCAAACUUACCAGACCACCCGUGCUCUACGAGACCUCUCGGCUGGCAUAUCCCACUUGCCAAGGCUAACACCCAUCGUGGAGCAAUGGGAGACGCUUGCGGGGUUCGACCGUGUGGCCGCCAAGUUAGACAUCAGAAUCAUCUUGGACCUGGACAUCUCGGAGCUAUGGGGCUCUUUUGUCCAGGCCUGUUUAGGUAAAAACUUUGAGUUUGUCGGAGCUUACGAUGAGUAUUUUCGACUCGCAUUAUUGGCCUUUGACAGCAACAUCGACAUGAGAGUUGUGUCGUGGCUUGUGGCAUUUUCCAAGAACUCGGCGUUGAGGAAAUUCGAGCCUCCGAUCUACGCAGCAUUUGCUAAUUUUCACGCAUUUGAAGCUCCCUCAGAAACGACUUUGAGGGACCUGAUGCUCAUCGAACAACCAACCUACGCGGAUUGGUUUCAAGCAACGUCAUCGGAGCCGCCGGCGGUCACUGAGGAACAGUAUUACGAUAUUCAGGUGGCAGAAGCCGCCAGUAUUGCCUCUCACAUCAUCGACAAAGGAGGGCCUGGCUCAGCUCUUUCUCUGAUCGAUUUUGAGGAGUUGGUCCGAGAGCUCCCCAUCGAAUGGCUCGACUUGGAGACAGCUUGGGAGAAUAUACAACCUGAACUUGAACGGUUGUCCCGCAAUCUCAAGCUCUCCGUCUAUCUUGGUCAGGUAGAUGAAGCUGCCAAGGAAAUCCGCCAACAACAGUCCCAAGCCGUGAGCGACAAGCACAACGAGAUCUGGGAUUCCAAGCCGGCAUCAAUGAUGGUUCCGGAGGCCGGCCAUGUCAGGGACGUGUAUACUGUACCUCACCUCACAAGCGGCUUGAUGAAAAAGGACUUCGACUUCGAUAGUGCUACAAGGGACGAAAUAUCCAUGGACAAGCUCUCUCGCACGUUUGCCGACACAAGCAUUAUGCAAGACGGCAAGGCUCCAGAGACCUUCUCCCUCGUCUCUCCAGAAAUAGCAACACUCUCCAGGGUUGUGAAGAGAUUCUCGGCAUCGCCAGACCUCACAAGACAGCAGUAUGGCAACGAUCUCGAGGCGUCCCUUGCGGCCCUGAUUCGCCACCGCAGUACCGACACAAAGUUGACGCUCAAGCUCUCUUCUGAAGGCCUUACUCAGGCAAUCGCUCAAUCUCGUCAACUACUACAUGAUCAUAUUUCCACCAUCCGAGAGUCCGUUUCCCAGGGCGAAUCCAGCUUCCAAUGGCUCGACCAAGGCAAUCUCUGGCCUUGUCUUUCGCCUGUAACGCUUCUUGAGCAGCUCAGAGACAGGAACAAGUCGCAUGUAAGCCCUAAGAUGAAAGAAGAGUUGCUGUUAUAUGGUAUUAUCUUUACAAAACUCCAGAGGUUCGUCCGAAUGCAUGACGCCGAGCUCAGCAAAGACGAAAAGCGGUUGCGUGAUGAACUGGAGCACGAAGGGCACUCGAACUGGUCUCCUCGUGAGCACCCAGAGUGGCUCCUCCUUGAGAUUGACAACAUACUCAUUCGCCCAUCUCAGGUAGAUGUGGCUAGAGCCAUCAUCUCGCCAGCAUCAGGAUCAAAUUCGGUGCUUCAGAUGAACAUGGGUCAAGGCAAAACCUCGUGUGUCAUGCCCAUGGCAGUGACGGUACUAGCAGACAAGACACAACUGUGCAGACUGGUAGUGCCUCGUGCCCUUCUCCUUCAAACAGCACAGGUUCUGCAAAGCCGUAUCGGUGGUCUUGUCGGCCGUCAGGUUUGCCAUAUCCCCUUUUCACGACGAUCACCUACUGAGGAGUCCGAUCUGAAUUUAUAUCACGGCCUUCACCGAGACGUUCGUGCAACAGGAGGUGUGAUGCUCUGCCUGCCAGAGCAUAUUCUCUCCUUCAGGUUGAGCGGCUUCCAAAAAAUGGCCGACCAGCAACUCGAGCGGGCCAAGAAGAUGAUUGUGAUUCAGCGGUGGCUGGAUGCCUCAUGCCGUGACAUUCUCGACGAGUCUGACUUUACACUCUCGGCGAAGACUCAGCUGAUCUACCCCAGUGGUGUACCAACAGCUGUGGACGGCCAUCCUCAACGAUGGCGGGUGGUGGAGGACCUGUUGGCACUCGUUGAGAGCCACGUCUCAGAUCUUCAGUCGGACUUCAAGGACGGCAUUGACGUGAGGAGGCGUCACCAAGGAUACCCAAUUAUUCACUUCCUGCGCUCCGAAGUGGAAGACAGGCUCAACGCUUUGCUUGUGGCGGAUAUUUGUGAAGGACGCCUCCCGCAACUUCAGUUGAAGGAUUCGUCCAACCAAGAUGCUCAGAAGGAUAUAGGCAUGAUUGUAUCAGGCGUCGAUGUCCCUCGGUCAACUUGGAAGGACGCAGCUGAAGCCUUGGCAGAUGAUGUCUUUGGGUGGAAGAUGCUUCAUCUACUCCGCGGUCUCAUCUCCCAGCGCGUGCUGCUCCUCUGCCUGAAGAAGCGCUGGAACGUGCAGUACGGUCUUCAUCCUCAAAGGGCCCCCAUUGCCGUGCCUUACGAAGCCAAGGGUGUCCCUUCUGAGACGGCAGAGUAUGGUCAUCCAGACACGGCUCUCGUGCUUACUUGUCUUGCCUUCUACCAGACUGGUUUGUCAAAGGCUCAAGUGGACAAGAGUCUACAGCACAUUAUGAAGUCUGAUGAUCCAGCGGCCCAUUACGAACGCCUGAUCUCCACCUGCAGUUUACCAGCUGGUCUGCAACAAUGGAACUUGCUGGACACCGAGGACAAGGUACAGAUGGCCGAGCUGUGGGAAUUCGUGAGGUUUGACCGAAAUGUGCUCAACCACUUCCUCAACAACUUUGCAUUCCCGCAACAUGCCAAGCAGUUUGGAGUGAAGCUCCAGGCUUCAGGAUGGGACAUUCCUCUCCUAUCUAGUGUACCAUCGAGCAAGAACCUCACGACCGGUUUCAGCGGCACCAACGACAACAAGCGGACCUUACCCCAUACGAUCAAGCAGGAUGACUUGCCAAGCCUGAUGCAGACGAACGCAGAGGUUCUCAGUUAUCUCCUAGAGUCACGAAACCAGAAACUCUAUCCAGCUGUGGACAAGAAUGGCAAACACCUAACCGAGACCGGGUUGCUGGAGCUUCUCCGCAACGAGAAAAUCCGCAUUCUAAUCGACGCCGGUGCCCAUAUCCUCGAGAUGGAGAAUCACGAUCUUGCGUCCGCCUGGCUCGACAUCUUCCAUGAUGCCGAUGGUGCGGUAUACUUUGACAAUCAAAGCAGGAUCAUGGUUCGGGCGCGUUUCCAGAAGGAGCCCGUUCCUUUGCUGGCAAGCCCGUUUGUAGACAAUCUCGAGCGUUGCGUCGUUUACAUCGAUGAGGCUCACACUCGUGGCACAGACUUGAAGCUUCCAGUCUACGCCAAAGCAGCUGUUACUCUGGGUCUUGGGCAAACGAAGGACCAAACAGUUCAAGCCGCCAUGAGACUGAGGCAACUUGGCACAACUCAGUCGGUUUCAUUUGUGGCACCUCCAGAGGUUUACCAAAGUAUUCUUCGCUUAAGAACCACAUAUUCAGGAAUCUUCACAAAGCAUUCGCCUGUGACGUCUGAAGACGUGGUCCACUGGCUUCUUGAGCAGAGCUGUGUGGCGAGUGAAAACAUCAUGUCACUUCACCUUGCGCAAGGCUAUGAUUUUUGCCGACGUACCAAUGCCCUUUGGAAACACAUAAACCUUCUCCAAAACGAGGAUAAUAGACGUCAGCUUCUCGAGACCAUCCAGCUGCGAGAAGAUCAGACGCUUGAGCAGCUCUACGGCGUGAGACAGUUGGACUUUGCAGAGCCCUCACAAUUUGACUUCCCAUCCUUGGAAGCAUUCGCAACCAAGCUGCACGAGCAACGACUCACAUCGUCGAGAAACGACCAGAAGACCCAUUCUUCACCCUUUGAAGAGGUCGAGCAGGAAAGAGAGAUCGAAUUUGAGGUUGAGCAGGUCCGCGAGAACCAGAGGCCCACACGCCUUGUCCCUCUCUUCUUUCUCUCGCUUGAUCCCGCCAUCAUUCAUUUUGUGAACUCUGGAUGCCUCGCUGGAAAGCGUUUCAUCCAGGCUUUUGACUUGAUUGGCCGAACAGGCAUCGGACGCAAAUUUGGUGUCACCAAGACUACUUCAAAGCUCUUUGUCUCCCCAGAAUUUGCGAGAACCGUUGAAGGGAAGAAACGCUCCAACAUUGUGGUGAGUGGGCAUCCUCGACCUGUCGAGUGGAUACUUUGGAGUACAAGGUCUGAUACCGCCCUCAUUAUUAUUCCUGAGGAGGCUGAGCUGCUGUUGCCAACGCUUCAGGAGCUGGAAAAACCUAGGGCGCGGCUUAUUUCUUAUGCUGCUCCGGUUUCAAAGUCAAUGCAGAUGUUCAACACGCUCAAGUAUUUGACUAUACCAGCAAAAGAAUUCUCAGUACCAACUUGGCUCCCCAUCGAGGUAGGCAUCUUUGCUGGACGGCUUUACUUUGACUAUCACGAAUACGAGUCACUACUCUCGUGGCUGGGAAUCGCCGAGGUGCUUGAUUCUCGGGUUCCGGUCUCGCGCGGUUUCUGGAUCCGCCAGCCUCUCAAGUUUCUCUUGGAGUGGUUGACCCAUCGCCGCCAGACGGCUGAUAUCCUGCACACUCCGAUGGGGUAUGUGUGUCAAGGCCGGGCUCUCCAUGAUACACAUGCCUUUUUCAACUCGACAACAAAACUUCGAGACGAGGAAGAUAUGUCAUCUGCUCUUGGUCGCCUGCAGCUCGGCAAUGGACAUCUUGGGGGUGGAAAUGUUAGCGAUGAUGAUAGCGAGUGGGAGGAUGGAGACAUGGGUGUCCAAGUAUUGGCCAACUAA